ACGCCAGCCCGAUGACGGUGGCCCCGUAGUCGCUCUCUCUCUGUCACCGCAUCUGUGCGUGUGUGCCUCGCGCGUCGUCGACGUCGUCUCUUCUCGUUCUCUCCCUUCGAGUUAUUUUCUGUCUCGGCCCUGUUCCGCGGGGCACAAGGAAAUUUUUAGCCUAUUUCACCUCUCUCCUACCUCGAACACACUCACUCCACUCGCUCACCAACACACACACACACGCAUUCAUUCUCCCACUCACACACACACACAGGCGCGCGCGCGCCAACACUGACUCACACGGUCCGCCGAAUAAUAUCGCCUUUUUAAUUCCGCUCGCGCGGGCGUCCGUACGGUUUUUCAUACGUACGACACAUUAAAACACACACACAUAUACACACACACACACACACACACACACACACACACACACAUAAAUACAUACACACACACACACAUAUUGGUCGUGCGUUGUGCGUGUGUUUUUUGUUUCGAAUUUUCUCUAACCUUUUGCCGUGUCGAAGUGGUAAUUUUUCCGCUCGUCCCGUUAAGACGACCGCGGCAACCGCAACAACUACGGUGAACACGGCGAUCACGACGACGACCACGGACACCUAACCGGCGACGGCCGACCACGGCGAUCACGACGACGACGGGGGCGAGGAGCGCGACGGCGGCCGCGACGACCAUACCAGUGUGACGAUCGUUUUUUAGUGAUAUCCACCGAGAGAGAUUCGGCUCCUGCGCCUGUAGACCCGUACCGGUACACCGCAUCCACGGAAAUAUGUGCUGGAAUCCGCUCAGCGUCGUUGUGUGCAGCGUCGUGUUCUGCGCCCUGUUGGACUUCGCACCCUCCGGGGUUUUGGCUGACGAACCCAGUUACGAGGGUAACACAACAGUGAAGGAAGGCGAACCAUUUAAGAUAACAUGUCGUGUGUCAGUGUUUCAAGUGAUAAAAUGGCAAAGGGAUGGCCACAACCUGGUACCAGAUGAACACUACAAUAUCAGCGAGGAUGUAACUAGCAACAAUUUAUUUGUAUCCACAAUUUCAGCCAAUUCUGCAUCUUCGAUGCACACAGGCGCAUAUCGAUGUACAACACAGUACAACAAGUUUCAUGUACUGUAUGUGGUUACCGCUGAUGUAACUGUAAAAGCAAACUAUGACUAUGGUGAAAAUUAUAGAGUAGGUCAAUAUAAAACAAAAUUACUUCUUCAUUGUAGUAUCGAAGGCAAUCAAGAUUCAAUAAAAUACAUAUGGAAGUGGUUCAAAGGUGAUCAGGAAAUAUCUUCAGAUGAUGAUACACCCCACCACGUUGAAGUAAAAGAAAAUGAGUUAGUAGUUAACCGUUUUGUUGAAUCUGAUGCUGGUCCAUAUACAUGUAAACUACUCAAUUCUAAUAAUAAUCAAGUGCUUGGUUCAAAAUCGUUCAACGUUAUCUUAAAACCUUACGUGAAACUGCCAAAAACUGCUACAUAUAUUGAGGGUGAAAAAAUGGAAUUGGAAUGCAUUGUAUUUGGUAAACCUACACCAGAAGUUAGUUGGAGAUUUGAAAAUAACACUCUUUUUCCUUCCGAACACAUUAAAUUUCUAGCCAACAAGAGGAAUAUUAGUAAUGCCAUAUUGGUCUUGGAUCCGAUCACUAUGAAAGAUAGAGGAAACUUUUAUUGUACUGGAAAGAAUUCUGUAUUUCUUGAUCCUGUAGUGUCCGACCCUUCCUAUGUGCGCAUUAAAGAUAAAAUGGCUGCUUUGUGGCCUUUUUUGGGUAUUUGUGCUGAAGUAAUUAUAUUGUGUUUGAUUAUAUUUAUAUAUGAAAAGAAACGCAACAAGGCUGAAUUUGAAGAAAGUGAUACCGACCAAGGGCCAGAGACGUAAAAAUAAUGCUAACGAUCAUAGUGGAGGUGAUGUUCGACACCGGAAAUAACUUGACAGUUAAAUGAAUAAAUAACACAUUUUAAACAAAGGUCAUAAGUAAGGAAUAAAGUUUUAGAUACAGAUGCAUUAGGUUUGCCAGACCAAUUUUUAUUUAUGUUUUUAGAAAAAUUUUAUCAUAGUUGUUAACAAAUAACUAAUUGAAAACAGCUAUUUGUUUUGGUCCAGCUGAAACAAUGUUAUACUUACUGCUUAUUGUAUUUUUUACUCCAAACACUGAAAUUGAAUGUUUUCCUAUAUACAAACGGGGAGUAAUUCAAGUUCAGUAAAAGUAUACUAGCUGUAUUGUGUAUAAAGGUUUAGGCUCAUUGUGCAGAUCAUUUGUUCUCCGUAUUUUGUUGUGUUAUUUUUAUUUUUAUUAUUAUUUUUUUUACCAAAGUUGAUUUAUGUUUUUAUUUUUUAAUAAAAUACAAUAAUCGCGCCCCCUCCCUGCCUGUUAACCACAAUGAUUUGUUAAAAUUUCAAUGUUAUCACGCCUAACUUAACCAAAUCUUAAGUUUAUUGUGCUUUAACAAGCCUGAAUAUAUUGCAUUUAAUGCUCAAUAAAUGUUUAUUCCUUCA